GAUUAGCGCGUUAUAUAUUCACAAGCGGAGUUUAAACGAGGAACCACGCACCUAGCGGUGAUAAGUGGCUACUGCAGGGACGUUGUAUUGUGAACCGAUAAGCACUAGAAAUAAAAAAAAAGUGUUUAUUAAUUUUAUAUAUAUUUUUAUUAAUUAAUUAAUUUAUUUUUAAACAACAAAAUUAUUGCUUGCAAACUUAAUGCUGUGGCGUGCAAAAUUAAUAUCCAUUAUCCUGACAAUUGCAGGGUAAUAGAUAUGUGUGUGUGAGCGUGCGUGUUGGGGAGGUUGGGUCACAGGAUGCUGUGUGAUUGUGUGUGUGUGAAUUCCUGUGCUGGAUGAAUAGGACGAUGAAUAGUGCUGCUCUGCAGGGAUGAUGGCGGCGCCUGGAGCGCAACAACAACAGCAGCAGCAGCAGCAGAUGGUACUAAAGCCUGAGCUGCAAGAGGAGCAGCAGCCGGAGGUUCUCCAGCUGAAGGUGGACGCGGUAACGGAGCUCCUGCACGUUUCUGAUCUCGAUGAAAACAGCGGAGACAGACUGGGUUUCGGAUGCGUGCAGGACCUGGCCGCUGACUUCGACGAGAAGUUGAACGCGUUCUUUGGACAUUUCGACGCUGAACCCGAACUCACAGAUGACGUCAGUCCUCUGAGAGAGGACACUGUUUUGAAAAACGAUGAAAUCUGGAAUGCUUUGAUUGAUAACUAUGGACAGGUCAUGCCAGUAGACUGGAGUCAGUCUCGUACUCGCUCACUUCACCUCCCCGUGCUGAACGUUGAGGACAAGCCAAGUGAGGAUGAUGUGAAUCUGGAGGAGUCUGAUGAUGAAGAGCUGAGGGAACAGAUGGAUAUGCAUUCCAUCAUUGUGCCCUGCAUUAAUGAUGAGCCUUUUCUCACCGCUGAGCAGGUGAUUGAGGAGAUAGAGGAGAUGAUGCAGGACUCUAUGGACAUGCAAGCAGAGCAGAACCCUCUUCAGACAGAUCUAAUUCACAGAUCCACAAGUCACAGCUUUGAGGAGAGAGUAAGGAAACUCAGUGUUGUAGAGCUGAAUGAGUUAUUGGAGCAGUUGGAGAUGGCGAUCCGCCGCCAUUCUGAAGAGCUCAUCCGGCAACUGGCUCAUAGAGACGAGCUCGACUUUGAGAAGGAAGUGAUGAACAGUUUCAUCUCUGUGCUGAUAGAGGUACAGAACCUCCAGAAGGAGCACAAAGAGCUCAUGAGAAAGAAGAGGAAAGUGAAGAGUGGAGUCAGAGAGCAGAAUGGCAGACUGCAGAGAUUACCUGCAAGUCGCUUCAGCAUGGAGAGUAUCUCUGCUGCUUUCCAUAAUGGCUUUCGGCAAACUUUCGGGAAUAUGGGAGGGGAGAAACAGUACCUCACUACAGUCAUUCCUUAUGAGAAGAAAGAUGUGCCUCCAUCAGUUGAAGAUCUUCAGGUUCUCACAAAAAUUCUUCAAGCCAUGAGGGACGACAGUGACAAAGUGCCCAGCCUUUUAACAGAAUAUAUUCUUAAAGUGGCCUGAGUGCUUUGCCCUUUCUAAUUGGGGAGGUGAAGAAUUGUUUUGAUAAAAGACUGAAUUUCCACAACUUGGACCAUUUCCAGAUGGAUGUUGUUACUGUGAAUACAUUUCUACAUUACUUGCCUGCGUUUACACCGCUGCAUAAUGCAGUUUCCUUUUAUUUUGUUCUGUCUCUUAAAUGUGUACAAGUAUCAAAUGAUAAUACUUCCAUUUGUCAUAUGUUCACUGAGGCAAUGCUUUAUCAUUUUACUGAAUUACUAAAUCUCUCGCUAUGCUCCAGGAUGUAGCAUGGAGUAUUUAUCUCAAACAAAGUAUGUUUUUCAAUGAAAGUGCUCUUAUAACCACCCCUUGCAACAAAAGCACGUUCCGUCUCAGUCCUGAUUUAUGAACAGUGCAUACAGAAUGAAUCUCUGAGCUCUGUGUGCGCGUGUGUGCGUGUGUUUGAAACUAAAUGGAUGUGUUGUCCUAAGGGGUGUUUUAGUUCCAAUCCUAAGGGUUGAAUAGUUUUUAUGUAAGUCUUUUAUGCUGUUCUCAAAUGACAUGUUCAUUCUGAGAAAAAGGAUUGAAUUAAUGCAAACUACAUUUCAAACUAUUUAGGCAGCUGUUAAUAUUAGUAUGAGACUUAUUAGGAUCUUAAAGUCAAACUGAAUGAAUUAUUGUGUGGUGACACUUCUGGUUCUUAAAUUUUCUCCUAUAACUAAAAACAUGGCACUAUUUUAUCUGGCUACUCUAAUUUGCCUCUAAAUAUUAAUGUGUGUGUGCAUGGGGCCUCUGAUGACUGGUGUCCUGUACAGGGUGUAUUCUAAUACCCAGUGUUUCCAGGAUUGCUAUUGACCAUGAUCAAAUGCUUACUGAAGAUAAAUGAAUGAAUGGUGUUAGCUGAAUUACUCUUAUAAUUCUCACUGCAUUUGAAUCAAUGCUGUUUGGAAUGCAGUUUGUGAUAUAUUCAAUUUUUUUUUUACUGUUUGCUAACUAAUUUUGGUGAUUAUUAUUAUUGCUGUGCAAGACGUACCAUUAAUUUAUGUUUCCUGACUUAAUAUGGUUUUUAUAAAAAAAAUAAAAAUAUAUUCUGCCUUAAUCA